GUAGGCGCCGGCGGCCACGUCCAGCCCCGCGCACACGCCCCGCCGGCGGGCAGCCUCUUAUCUCUGGGGUCAACAGUCAGGGCGCCGGGGCUCCGAGGAAUGCUUCAGAUCCCGGGGCGCAGCCCGCGUCCGCCGCAGGGUGGCCGCGGGGCGUGGCAGGCCGGGCGCCCCCGCCUCUCCGCAGCGCCUCCGAUCCGGCCCCAGAGCCCGACCUCGGCCUCCUGGCGCGCGGCCAAGCGCGGGCGCGGGGCGCGGGAGGAGCCGGGGCGGCGGGAGGCCGGGCAGGGCCCUGCGGGUAGAUACGGGCCCGCGGCGGCCGCUCGGCGCAGUCGGGCAGCGGGCGAGCGGGGGCGCGGCGCGGGCGCCGUCUAAGCCGGGGAGGCGGCGGCGCGGGACGCGCGUCCCCACGGGCGGCGACAUGGGGCGCUACUCGGGCAAGACGUGCCGCCUGCUCUUCAUGCUGGUGCUCACUGUGGCCUUCUUCGUGGCCGAGCUGGUGUCGGGCUACGUGGGCAACUCCAUCGCGCUGCUGUCCGACUCGUUCAACAUGCUGUCCGACCUGAUCUCGCUGUGCGUGGGGCUGGGCGCGGGCUACGUGGCCCGGCGGCCCGCGGGGGGCGGCGGCGCCUCCUACGGUUACGCGCGCGCCGAGGUGGUGGGCGCGCUGAGCAACGCCGUGUUCCUGGGCGCGCUCUGCUUCACCAUCUUCGUGGAGGCCGUGCUGCGCCUGGCGCGGCCCGAGCGCAUCGACGACCCCGAGCUGGUGCUCAUCGUGGGCGCGCUGGGCCUGGCGGUCAACGUGGUGGGGCUGCUCAUCUUCCAGGACUGCGGCGCCUGUCUCGCCGGCUGCGCCCCGCGCCGCCGCCGCCACCCGCGCCGCGCGCCGGGGGACCCCUCGGGGGCGCGCGCCGCCGCCAAGGACGAGAACGGCGCGACGGUGUUCGCCAACGUAGCAGGUGACUCCCUGAACACCCAGAGUGAGCCAGAAGAGACCUUGCAAAAGGAGAAAAAGUCGGAUGCCCUGAAUAUCCGAGGGGUGCUCCUGCAUGUGAUGGGGGAUGCCCUGGGGUCAGUGGUAGUGGUGGUCACUGCCGUCAUCUUCUACGUGCUGCCCUUGAGGAAAGAGGACCCGUGUAACUGGCAGUGCUACAUCGACCCGAGCCUGACAAUCAUCAUGGUCAUCAUCAUCUUGUCCUCAGCCUUCCCCCUCAUCAAGGAGACAGCUGCAAUCCUGCUGCAGAUGGUCCCCAAAGGUGUCAGCAUGGAAGCACUGACGAGCAAGCUCUUGACUGUGCCUGGAGUUAGCAGCGUCCAUGAAAUGCACAUCUGGGAACUAAUAGGUGGCAAGAUCAUCGCUACUCUGCACAUCAAGUACCACAAGGACAGGGGCUAUCAGGACGCCAGUAAGAAAAUUCGAGAAAUCUUCCACCAGGCGGGAAUCCACAAUGUGACCAUCCAGUUUGAACAGGUGGACGGGAAGGAGCCAUCGGAACGGGACUCCCAGGCCCUCUGCAGCUCACCCUGCAUCUCAGGGGCCUGCAGGAAGCAUCUGUGCUGUCCCCCCAGGGCUCUGCCGCUGACCCAUGUCAAUGGCUGUGCUGAGCACAAUGGCUGUCCCCGGCUUAGCCCCUACCCUGAUGCAUGCCUUGGGAGUCGAGAAGCCACGGAAGUGGCAAUUGACGUGGAUGGCGUGAGUGAUGGUGGACAGGCAGUGACAAAAACUCAGGAAGGCCAGAAUUAUGUCAACAGCACCUAUUUCUAAACUGGGCCACGUGGGCAGACUAUAUAGACAGGCCCUUUGGUACAAUCAUGUCCGAGCUGGUGCAAAGGGCUGCCUGGGUGCAGGCCGAUCCCAACCACACUGUGCAUGGUCCGUGUUCAGUGAGGGGCCGGCCGGGUGCGAGGCAGAGCAGCCGUGGCAAUCCUGAUGUGAACAAUCCUCCUCGCAUCAGCCUGGAAGUUUCAAGCUGCUCUUCGUCACUUUUGCUUGGAACCAUCAUCUUCUGAGUGUGCUAAUCUCUUUAUCAGGGACUGUGGCUUUGACCACAGCUCUCACAGUAGUUAUGUUUGAAACUGAUUAAAACUGCUUAGCUGGCCGCCAGGUGAGGACGCUCAUGGGCUGAUGCACUGCAGCUGUUUCUUCAGAAUCAGAAAGACAAUUGCUCUUCUCCCCCGAAAUUCUCCUGGAGGAUCAUCUAUGAGGAAUGUUAGGGAGCCCUGUCACUACGGAAAUGUCGUCUUUGAGUUGUUUUGGAAUAAAUAUAAAAUGAAUUAUCUCCAGAGGUAUAAACGGUUCAGAGAAUGUCAGUGGAAGGAGAUUUGAUUGUAGGGGAAGAGGGUAGGAAGAAAUGUUUUGGUGUUACCAAUUUAUUUGCUGAGGUGGAGAGCAAAUGAACAUGUACUUCCAUAUGUGGCCAUAGCAAUGAGUUUUAGAGUGUUUAAAUGUUUAAAUAUAUGAAACGCAUCUCCCUCCCACUUGGAAGUGUGGGCUGUCUCUGAUCCCUUACCUAGAACACUCAUACUCUGAAAUUGUCUGUAGGGACAGCUCAUAAGGGACUGUUCUCAUCCAUUGCUUCCUCCAUUACGAUUGUCCAAAUUUCCUUUGAGUCUUUAUGCGACCACGUGGAUCUAAGGGGAAUUUUACUAGGAAAAAAAAUGAAUAUUACUGGGGGAGAAGAAGGCAUUAGUUGAGUAUUACUUCCUGCCAGUUCUUUCAUUAGACAUAUUUUAAAAUAUUUUUUAUAGCUGCCAACUGGUACCUUGAUGGAGGAGGCUCUGUUCAAGUGAGAAAUGAGAAUGAGUUUAAUUGCUCCCUUGAAUGUCUUGAGGGCACUUUCUUCUUCUGUCUUUGACCAUCAAUUAUCAUCAAGUUCAAAUAAAUUGAUUGGUGUCUGAUUUGAAGCCAUCAUCAAUCUGUAUGGGUAUUGGAGAAGCAUCUAUGCAUGAAAUGAAUUGAUCACGCAGCAAGCAGCCAAUCCAAACAGUCUCAAAUCGUGAUGAAAAUGGGCGUACCUCACCCUAGAACUGGAAUCUUCUUUGCUGGGUUGUAAAAUUGACUGAAAAAAGUUCAUCUUUUCAAUUCUGGGCACUGAGUGGGUCCACAAACCAUGAUCAGAAGUGCUGGGUUAAUCAUGAGAAAAAGCUCUCACAGUUUUUUUUUUUCCUGCAUGAGAAUGUGUCAAUUUGAAAUUCUAUGGCUGCAAUAAGUUACUGUGAUUGGUAGGGCAGGAAUUGUUUUGUGUAUCUGAAUUGAUAUUGGCCAUGAUUUAGGCUAACAGAAAAAUCCCUAAAUAAUUUUCAUUACUGGUUCUUAUUGAGUUCUUAUUGAGUUAGUUGUAGAUACAUCAUAACUAAAAGGAGGUAAAGUAUAAGUCAACAUUUUAAUACUUGUUAUUAGAAAUCUAAAAGGAAACUCUCACAAAACAGAGGAUUUCUCUAUGAAAUGCACCAUAUGGAUCAAAUUCCCUUACAUAAAUGGGACCUAUGAAGCCCUGAGCAGAGCCAAAGAGAGAUUUGUUUCUCACUUUCAAACAGAAACGGCUAAUUUGAUUUUACAUCAUGCUGCUUUUAUUGACGGGGAAAACAGCAAUUUUACAGUUUUUGUGCAGUUGGCUAAAAGAAUGCAUGCUAGUUUACAUCUGAAUAAUGCCUUUAAUUAAUCUCCAGAGUAUUUUCCUUGAAAGGAAAGGACACUUAAUUCCAAUAUAAUUAAAUCUAACCUUGGAAAAGCAUCUUCAUGGACCCUUUUAUGAACAUAAAAAAAUUCUGGAGUAGAGUUCAUAGGAAAUCUUAUGUUUCAAAGACAUUUAUGCUAAGAGUUCUUAAUAAUGUUUCGGCAGUGGACAAAGUACAAUACUUUCGUUUUAGUUUAGUUAGGGUCUUUGGUUGUCACGUCUGAAGCCUACCAGAAGGUGAUUUUACUGAUGUCUACUCUCUUUUGUGGUACAUUUCAGUUCCCUUGAGGAAAUAUGCGUUUCUCUUUUUGCUCUUUGAAUCAGGUCUGCUGGUAGUUGGUGCUCAUGAACUGUAGAUUUAACUUUUUUUUUUCUUUUUUGAUUUUGGGGACACACCUAGCUAUGUUCAGAGCUCACUCCUGGCUCUGUGCUCAGGGAUUCACUCUUGGUGGUGUUUACAGGGCAUUAUGGGGUGUCAGGGAUCAAACCCAGUUCGGCUGCAUGCAACUGACCAUCUGUCCUAUAUCUCUGAACCCUGAACUGUAGAUUUAAACAGCUCUUGGUCUCUGAGAUUUAAAACAUUCUGCCCCUUAAUUAGGGCUCCUGUGUGCUUAGAACAUUCCAGAGAAUUUCCUCAA